UGCAGAUUAGCCAAUCAACAAGUAGUUGGGAAGGAUUGUGGGCCGCAGUGACCUAAGCGCGUGUGUUGCGCACACUUACUGCUGCAGUUUGAUCUACGAAAAUGGAGCAGGGUUACGGAGGUUACGAGGGAUAUGAUUAUUACAACACUGAAAAUACUGGUGGCUCAGCUUCUGCAACUUAUAACUAUGGCACAGCUUCCAGCUACAACACAGAAAAUACAGGACAUGCUUCCAGUUACAAUUAUGGAACAACUUCCAACUGGGAUGGACCACCUGGAACUGGCCCUCCACCACCUCCACCUAACUGGGAGGCUCCUACACCAGCAGGGUCAGCCGCUUCUUGGGAUCCACCAGCACCCCCUGUGACACAAACCAAUAUGCCCAAUAACAGUGGACCCUUUCCCAAUAGUGCAACAAUGCGCAAGUCAGAAGAACCAUCGGACUCAAUCAUAGCGAAAAUAAACCAACGUCUAGAUAUGCUGUCUAAGGAAGGGCUGCCAAAUGAAGACAGCUCUUUCAGGUUUGAGUCAAUCGAGUCCUACGACUCAGGGUCUUCACUGAACAACCGUGAUCUGUACAGAUCCGGCUAUGAGUACAGUGAGGCUGGAGCUGACCGUAAUGAUUCCUUUGGAAGUCGCUUUGACAACUCCGGGAACCGCAAGGAUCAGUCCCGCAACAGAGGACGUGACAACGGCCCCAAUAGACAGAGGGGCCAGAAUCGUCCCCAAAACCGGGGUAGACCAAAUACUUUCAACCGCAACGACCGUUUCAUGCCAACUUCAAGUUCUGAAAGACUGUCUGCACGCUGGAAUGAGCUGAAUAAUAUGGGCGGGCGGGGCAUGGGUGGACCCAGCCCUGGCAGGCUCCCCUCACUCUUCUCUCAGCCCCUUGUCCCACCUCAUUAUGGCAUGAUGGGAAUGCAGGGAAUGGGAGGUUACCCGGGCAUCGGCAUGCCUUUUGGAGGUGGCAGACCACAAAUGCGAAUGAGAGACAGACCAAGGAGGGGGGGGCCCCGUAAUCGUGGCGGUAGACAGAAUGCUGGAGGACGGAAAAGGAAGCAGUCUGCAGGUGAAGAACCAGAUAGCAAGCACAUUAAAACAGAUUCUGAAGCUGGCGAUUCAGAUGAAAAUGAUAGAGGUGCUGGGGACGCUAGGUCCCAGGACAGAACCUUCCGAGGCCAGACCCAGACUUUGGAAUCCGGCCGACCGAGGGGCUCUGAUGAUGAUGAUGAGGACGGAAAGAAGAAGAAGAAAGAAAAACAACGAAGACGUGACAGAAUGAGAGAUCGAGCGACAGACAGAAUACAGUUUGCUUGCUCUGUGUGCAAGUUUCGCAGUUUUACUAAUGAAGAAAUUCAGGAGCAUCUAGAAAGCAAAUUCCACAAGGAAACCUUCCGAUACAUUGGUACUAAGCUUCCUGACAAAACAGUGGAGUUCCUUCAGGAGUAUAUUGUUAACAGAAACAAGAAGAUACUAAGACGUCGUCAAGAGUUGAUCGACAAAGAAGGCACAAAACCCAAGCCAGACCUCUUUAAGGGCAUUGGCCCAGAACACUUUUUCAAGAAGAUUGAAGCUGCUCACUGUUUGGCUUGUGAUGUAUUAAUACCUGCCCAGCACAACCUCCUUCAGAGGCAUUUGAAAGCUGCAGAACACAACAGGAAUCGAAGGAAUGCAGCAGAACAGUUCAAGAAAACAAGUCUCCAUGUUGCAAAAAGUGUUCUGAACAACAAGCAUAUUGUUAAAAUGCUUGAAAAAUAUUUGAAGGGUGAGGAUCCUUUUACUGACGAGAAUGUUGACCAUGACGAAGUGGAUGAAAAUACAGAUGGUGUUGCUGAAGGACUGAAUGACAGUACUGUUGAGAAAGAUGGAGCCCCUGAUGAUGCUGCAACCACAGAAGGUGAAACAAAAGCAGCAUCUGAAGAGCAAACGGAUGCUGCUCAUGAAUAUGAAGCAGGUGAUGCGGAUGAAGCAGGUGAUGUGGGAGAUGAAACGGGCGACGUGGGCGAUGAAGCAGGAGAUGAAACAGGUUAUGAAGCUAGUUACCAAGUAGGCGAAGCAAGAGAAGCUGAAGAAGAAUAUGAGCAUGUUGCUGAAGAAGAACAGAUGGAGGCAGCUCAGGGUGAAGACUAUAUGGAGGAGGACUAAAUUUAUAUAGUGCCGUUUACAAUUACGUUUUUGUGAGAGUUCAGAUGGUUGGUUCUGCAAAGUUCUGUAAACCAUUAAUUGCAGUUUCUUUUUCUGUAAUUUUAAUGCUGAAGUUGAAUGUGCAUUGCCCAGAGCACUGCUGUUAUUUUACAAGCUGUUUUAUGGGAGCAGUCUUUGCUUGUCUUGUGUAGAGUUGCUUUAGAGAAGCCUUCAUUCUGUAGUUUAAAAGUCAGUUUGCAGACAAAUGUAUAUAUAAACAUUCCCCAAAAUAUUGACAUGCUUCAGAUUUGAUGUUUGUUACGAAUUUUGAUAAUUCAUGUAUGAAACCAAGAUGAAAUUGUAGGGCACUGUAUGAAGUGAGUUUUUUUGGUUCACUGUUCAGUUAACCCUGUUUUUGUUUUGUGUUAAGAAAUUAAAUUUCUUGAUACUUUUUAAGAUUUUUUUAACAGAAUGCUUAAUAGUCUUUCAAACCACUUUGGCUAGGAGUGUUGCUUUCAUGAACCAUGCAAGGAAGUGAGGCACUAGUUUCUUUGGUGCUCAUCCAACAUGGAUGAUGUGAUGUACAUAAUUUUAUGCGUCAACAGUUAACCAUUAAAACUUUCCCACUACAAAAGUAUAAAGUUGUACUUUAACAUUGAUAAAAUAAAAGGUAUUGCUCAAUUGGGUGGUGAUGCACCCCAA